ACCCUGGAAUUUGGCCGGAAGACCGUUCCUCUCCUCCUAUCAGGACGUUUCAGAGACUGCUCUGCCAUGAGCGCCGCGCGCGCGUGCCGGCCGUCCUGGGACUUGGCCCUGGACCCACUGGUGUCCUGCAAGCUGUGCUUGGGGGAGUACCCCGUGGAGCAGAUGACGACCAUCGCCCAGUGCCAGUGCGUCUUCUGCACCCUGUGCCUGAAACAGUAUGUGGAGCUCUUGAUCAAAGAAGGAUUAGAAACUGCGAUUAGCUGUCCAGAUGCUGCCUGCCCCAAACAGGGCCACCUGCAGGAGAACGAGAUUGAGUGCAUGGUGGCGGCUGAAAUUAUGCAAAGAUACAAAAAGCUACAGUUCGAAAGAGAGGUGCUCCUGGACCCCUGUCGGACUUGGUGCCCAGCGUCUACAUGCCAGGCGGUGUGCCAGCUCCAGGAGAUGGGGCUGCACACCCCCCAGCUGGUCCAGUGCAAAGCCUGUGACACGGAGUUCUGCUCUGCCUGCAAAGCCAGCUGGCACCCCGGCCAGGGUUGCCCGGAGACCAUGCCCAUCACCUUCCUUCCCGGGGAGACCAGCUCUGCUUUCAAGCUGGACGAGGACGACGCGCCCAUCAAACGCUGCCCCAAGUGCAAGGUCUACAUCGAGCGGGACGAAGGCUGUGCCCAGAUGAUGUGUAAGAACUGCAAACAUGCCUUCUGCUGGUACUGCCUCGAGUCCCUGGAUGAUGACUUCCUCCUGAUCCAUUAUGAUAAAGGGCCCUGCAGGAACAAGCUGGGCCACUCCAGGGCGUCUGUCAUCUGGCAUCGGACACAGGUCGUGGGCAUCUUCGCUGGCUUCGGGCUCCUGCUCCUGGUGGCCUCCCCUUUCCUGCUCCUGGCCACUCCGUUUGUGCUUUGCUGCAAGUGCAAGUGCAGUAAAGGUGACGACGACCCUCUGCCCACCUAGAGAGCGGCGCGAUGCUGGAGCAGGACCCCCGCCUGCGGGAAGCGUGGUUCCCGCACCCCACCCUGCUGUCCCCCUCUCACUAAACAUCUCUCUUGCCUUAUGUGCCCCAUUGAGCUUCACAGUGUCACGCCAGGACGCCGUGAUUCCAGGGACUGAUGUCAGGUCGUCGGCCGAGGCCCCAGGUGCAGUCACCCCCGGCAUGGGAGGCAAGGCCGGCGUGGGUGGGGCGUGUCGCACAGGGUGGGUC